AUGAAUCCAGACCUGUUUAUGAACACUUCAGGACAAGUGCUAAGUGAGAAUGAACAUAACUAUGUUUGGCUGCAAGAUUGGGCAGGGGCACCUGGACCAAUGUUCUACCGCCAUCCAGCCGAGCCCUACAGUUUGCUCCCAUUAAAGAUAUUUCUGGAAGAUGCCCAUCAAGUACUUGGUGAAAAUUAUGGACCCCUUCUUCUUAGCCUUGGUGCCAUGGUGUCAAUGUUGAACUUUGGCGGGAUUCACAAAGAGAUUGGCCAUUUCAAUUUGCCAGUGUUGUAUGGGCCACCCAUGUCUGGAAAGACAUUAACAGCAUCAUGUGUUGCCUUGAUAACGGGCAUGUCGAAGAACCAGAUCAGUUCAAG